AUCAUUCUCCUCUUCUCGCAUUACGGCGGUCGGUCCAUGCUUCUUCUUCGUAGCGCAGCAGCAGUACUGUCGAGGACCAGCACCGAGGUUUACACCCUCUGUCCGCUCUCCACGGUCCGCAUCGUUCGGCAGCCGAAGUCGCCUGGAAACAGGCCGUUGUCCAGCUCGGUCUGCCUGUGUCAGAAGAAGAAGAAGAAGGGAAGCCUGUGGCUGCAGCUGGCGGAAGAAGGACGAACCAUGGACGGCAACAUUGAGGAGAUUCUCGCCCCGUUGAGGCUCGCAGUCAAAGAACAGGGAGACCGGGUUCGUCAGCUGAAACAGGACGGUGCCCCCGAUGUGGAUGUCGCUAAAGCUGUAGCUGAACUGAAAGCAAAGAAGAAGACUCUGGAGGCCAAGGAACUGGCAUUGCAACCCAAAGAUGACAUCGUUGACAGAACCAAGAUGGAGGAUACCCUCAAGAGGCGGUUCUUCUAUGACCAGGCCUUUGCCAUCUAUGGAGGUGUGAGCGGCCUGUAUGACUUCGGCCCUGUGGGCUGUGCCCUGAAGAACAACAUCCUGCAGGCCUGGAGGCAGCACUUCAUCCAGGAGGAGCAGAUCCUGGAGAUCGACUGCACCAUGCUGACUCCUGAGCCCGUCCUCAAAACAUCAGGACAUGUGGACAAAUUCGCUGACUACAUGGUGAAAGAUGUUAAAAACGGAGAAUGUUUCAGGGCUGACCACCUCCUCAAAGCUCAUCUCCAGAAGCUGAUGUCUGAUAAGAAGUGUGCGGCAGAGAAGAAAGCGGAGAUGGACGACGUCAUCACUCAGAUGGACAACUACACCCAGCAAGAACUGACCGAUCUGUUUGUGAAAUUCAACGUCAAGUCCCCCACUACAGGAAAUGACCUCACACCUCCCAUUUCCUUCAACCUGAUGUUUCAGACAUCCAUUGGACCAGGAGGGAAUAUGCCAGGCUAUCUGAGGCCUGAAACCGCUCAGGGAAUCUUCCUCAACUUUAAGCGACUCUUGGAGUUUAACCAGGGCAAACUGCCCUUUGCUGCUGCUCAAAUAGGAAACUCUUUCAGGAAUGAAAUCUCCCCACGCUCUGGACUCAUCCGCGUUAGAGAGUUCACCAUGGCUGAGAUCGAGCACUUUGUGGACCCUACUGAAAAGGUCCACCCUAAAUUCUCCAAUGUAGCUGACCUGGACAUCAUAUUAUACUCCUCUAAGGCUCAGACCAGUGGACAGUCUGCACAAAUCAUGAGGCUGGGCGAUGCCGUGGAGCAGGGUGUUAUCAAUAACUCCGUCCUGGGAUAUUUCAUUGGUAGGAUCUACCUCUACCUUACUAAAGUUGGUGUCGCCAAAGACAAGCUGCGCUUCCGACAGCACAUGGACAACGAGAUGGCUCACUACGCAUGUGACUGCUGGGACGCUGAAACCAAAACCUCCUAUGGUUGGAUCGAGAUCGUGGGCUGCGCAGACCGGUCUUGCUUUGAUCUGAAAUGUCACGCAAGAGCCACAAAGGUCCCGCUGGUUGCAGAGAAGCCUCUUAAAGAACCCAAAGUUGUAAAUGUCGUCCAGUUUGAGCCCAACAAAGGAGCCAUCGGGAAGGCAUAUAAGAAGGAAGCUAAGCUAGCCAUGGAAUUUCUGUCCCUGUGUGACGAAUGCUACAUCACAGAGCAGGAGACGCUCCUGAACGAGACUGGAGAGUUCACCAUCGAGACGGAGGGCAAGACGUUCAAACUCACCAAGGACAUGGUCGGUGUGAAGCGGUUCCAGAAGACUCUGCAUGUGGAGGAGGUCGUCCCGAACGUAAUCGAGCCCUCCUUUGGCAUCGGUAGGAUUAUGUACUCCAUCUUUGAGCACACAUUCCACGUCAGGGAAGGUGACGAACAGAGAACGUACUUUAGCUUCCCGGCUACUGUAGCUCCAUACAAAUGUUCUGUCCUGCCUCUGAGUCAAAACCAGGAAUUCAUGCCCUUCGUGAAGGAACUAUCUGAGGCCAUGACCAAGAACGGCGUGUCUCACAAGGUGGACGACUCCGCGGGAUCCAUCGGGCGCCGCUACGCCAGGACGGACGAGAUCGGAGUGGCGUUUGGCAUCACGAUCGACUUCGAUACUGUGAACAAGACGCCACACACGGCCACUCUGAGGGACCGAGACUCGAUGAGGCAGAUCAGGGCUGAGGUCAGUGAGUUGCCCGUGAUCAUUCGGGAUUUGGCCAACGGCACGUUGACCUGGUCAGAAGUGGAGAGCAAGUACCCGAUCUUUGAAGGACAAGAGACCAGCAAGAAGGGCGCGGCCGAAGAGUAAAAGCUCGCCACGCUGCCACUCGAUCCAUGGGGGGAUAAAAUCCACAGACUUUUUACAUAGGCAUCACUAGGAAGAAAAGUUUGCAAGCGUAUUGUGAUAAGCUACAUUGGGGGGGUGCACCGAGCCGCCCUCUUCCUCCUCCCCCCCCCGUGCUCCUCACCACUACAAUCCAUGAAAACAUCAUGUAUUCAUCAUAUCUAACAGUUGUGGAUAAAGCUUGCACAGGGACUGUUGUUUGUUUUUGAUGAGCAACAUUUCAUCCAUGAAUGAUCCGUGUUUUAAAAAAACAAAAAGGGAGACAAUGUAAUCAGGAUGUUUGGAGUCUGCAGUGAAGGAGCCGUCUAACUUUUCACUCUUCAGGCAUAUUGAGAUAUUUCAAUGUUUCAAUAAAAACCGCCAGCACUUACUGGACAUGGACACGCAA